AUGGGUCGAUCGCGUAGUCCUUCGAGCAAAAAACAUAAACGACGUAAAUCAUCACGUGACCGUAAUAGAUCAAAAGAUCGUUCGAUCACUAGUUCGUCAAAGCGACAUAGAUCACGUUCACAUGAUCGGGAAAAAGAAAAAAAACCUAAACGAGUUAACCGUCGUUCGACAAGUCAAUCAUCUAAUGACGAUCACGAAGAUACAUUAUCAGCAAUGAAUAUUAGUCGAAAAGCUACAAUAAGCGAAUUAAAUGAUUUAGCAUCUCGUAAAAAAGCUGAAAUCGACCGACUUACCGAAUUAGAACGAGAACGCAUACAAUUAUUACGUCAAAAAGAAACGCGUGAAAAUUUAAUUCAAGCCGAAGUCGAUCGACGUGUCAAAGAUAUUGUUGAGAUACGUGUGCGAGAAGAAUUGGAACGGCGUAAAGAUGAAAUUGAAAAUGAAGUUAAACGACGUGUUGAUGUAUUAAAACGAACAAUGGAAAAACAAAUGUUACUUGAAAUCGAAAAACGCAAUCAUGAUGAAAUAAGAAAACUUGUAGCAAAAGAAGAAGAAGAAAGAAAAAAACGUGAAGAAUUAGAAAGAACUCUAGCGGAAAAUGAACGUAAAUUAAUCGAAGCGAAAAAAAGACUUGCUGAUGAAGAAGAAAAAUUACGUACUGAACAAUUACGUUUAAUGGAAGAUAGAGAACGAUUUGAACGACAACUAGGCAAACAACAUGCUAAAGAACAAAAUCUUAUUUUAGGCAAAAAUAAAACGCGACAAAAAAUUUCUUUCACAUUAAAUACUGUUCAGUAA